AUGGAGAACAGGACAGAAGUGGUACAGUUCAUCCUGCUGGGACUGACCAGUGACCCAGGUCUGCAGCUUCCCCUCUUUCUGACGUUCCUGCUCAUCUACACCAUCACUCUGGUUGGGAACCUGGGGAUGAUCCUGUUGAUUGUCUUGGACUCCCGUCUCCACACUCCCAUGUACUUCUUCCUUGGCAACCUGUCUUUGGUGGACUUUUGCUACUCUUCAACUGUCACUCCCACAGUCAUGGCUGGGCUCCUCCCAGGACAUAAGGUCAUCUCCUACAAUGCUUGUGUUACUCAGAUGUACUUUUUUGGAGUCUUUGCUACUGUGGAGAAUUACCUCCUGAGCUCAAUGGCCUAUGAUCGCUAUGCAGCAGUGUGUAAGCCUCUGCACUACACCACCACCAUGACGACAAGAGUGUGUGUGUAUCUGGUCAUAGGCUGCUAUGUCUGUGGUUUCCUGAAUGCCUCCAUCUACGCAGGGAACAUGUUCAGUCUCACCUACUGUAAAUCCAACAAGGUCCAUCAUUUUUUCUGUGAUAUUCCAGCUGUCUUGGCAGUCUCUUGCUCUGAAAGACAUGUUAAUGAGCUGAUUCUUAUUUAUGUAGCCAGCUUCAAUAUCUUUUUUGCUAUCCUAGUUAUAUUGAUAUCUUACAUGUGCAUUUUGAUUACCAUCCUAAAGAUGCACUCAAGAGCAGGAUAUUGGAAGGCUCUGUCCACCUGUGCCUCCCACUUCUCUGUUGUCUCUGUCUUCUAUGGGACCGCUCUGUUCAUGUACUUACAGCCCAGCUCCAGCCACUCUAUGAACACAGACAAAAUUGCAUCUGUGUUCUACACUAUGGUCAUCCCCAUGCUGAACCCUAUGGUCUACAGUCUGAGGAACAAGGAGGUCAAGAGUACUUUCACAAAGAUUGUUGUGGGGACAAAAUAA